UGAAUUUCAUUAUCUAAAUAAAAAAUUUGCAUAACCUCAAUAGGAUAAAACCUCACCAGUUUUAAUAGUUAAAACCCUAAUUAUUGAAUCUUGAUUUAGAUCACACAAUGUGGCAAGUUUUACUAGCUGCAGCAGUUGCAGGAUCUGGGUAUUUUGCAAAAAAUCUUCUUUAUACAAAAGAUUACAAACCCACAAAUCAUUUACCACAAAAUGUUGAUUUACUUACAGAAAUAGAAAAUGAUGAUGAAAAAAAUUCAGUUUUGGAUCAAGAAAGGCCAUCCAUUUUUAGGUUUUCUAGUGCUUCUAAUGAAUCUAAGAAUUUUAGGAAGAAAGUAGGUGCAAGUAAAGGAAAGAAUGAGAGAAAAGUUGGUCCUGUUAAGAAAAUUGAUGAGCGGUUAGUAGCUGAUCAGAGGAAAAAUGGGAAGAAAUUUGUUGUUUGUUUGAAGAAGAGACGGGCCAGCAGAAAUGCUUCGGCGAAGUGUGGUUCUUUCGAUUUUAAAGAUAAAUCAUCUUUUGGUUACGGAGUUGGAGUUGGAAUGAUGUAUAUGAUGUCAGCUCGAAAAGUCGAAAUGGAUAGGCUAAAUACAGCAGUAGAUGAGACUGCUAAGGUUGUCUUGGAGUUAAAAGCUGAGAUUUCCAAAAGAAAAUCAUUGUACAAUUUUAAAGACGAAAGAAAUGUAAAUCAGAAGCGAUCAGAUAAUAUAGCGGGCCAAUCUUCUUGUAGGAAUGAUGAUAUUAUUGAAGAUUAUGGUUUUCCCAUGAGUGAUGAAGGUGGAUAUGCAAGUAGCGUUCUCACUGAAGAACCACAUCGAGAUGUGGUGGAAUUGGGUCAAUUAGAAGCCGAACUUGAGUGUGAGCUUCUGAAACUUCAGGUGUCCACCACUGAAACUUUAUCUUCUUUACAGAAUGAAACGUCAACUGAGAAUCUCUCCAAACCACAAGAUCCCAGUUCCGAAUUUAAUCAAUGUAAUGGCGUAAUGCCAUUUGAACUUGAUAAAAAGUUAUGUCAUCUGCUACUCGAACAACAAGAAAGUCAAAUCGUUGAGUUAGAGUCCGAAUUGCAGCGCACAAAUUCCAAGCUCGUGGAAAAAGAAUCCGAGUUGCAAGCAUUGAAAGAUUGCGUGAAACGCCUCACUGAUUUUUCUCUAACCUGUCCCUCAGAUGAUGAAAGGGAAUGCCAAGCUAAUAGGACUCAUAGCCAGAUUAAUGGUGAUGGUAGGUCAAUGAUUGGGAUUAAAAGGACACUUGACUUUGAUUGAAAUGUUUUGUCAGCAUGUACUAACCUAGCUCCCAUGUGAUGAAACUUGUACAUUGUUUAGAAAAUUUAAAUUUUAAUCCUAGGUGUCUGCUAAGUUAGUAAGAUUUCUUUGUUUGUAACUGACUUUUUCUUUUCCAAGGUUUAUAGAAUAUUUGGUAA